UCGGUUUUGACAGCUGUCAGAACCGUCCUAGCUGCCGUCCGCUGCCCGCACCAAACAACACGCACGGCGGCGCGAGGAAAGUUGCCAAAGAAAACCCGCCCCCACCCCCAGGUGUGGUUCGAGGAAAAUCGAACAAUUUGCAUGCUGUGUGGUUUUCGCGUACGCAACCAUCAUCAGCAUCAUCAUCAUCUGGCGCGCGCGUGUUCCCGUUCCCGUCGAGCGGUCGCGCACUAUCCAUCAACGCAACAGCAGCGCUUGUCCGGUGCCGCGAUUGAAAAAGAAUAAGGCACAACGCAGCCACCGCGCUCGUGUGUGUGUGGGUUUGUGUGUGUGUGCGCGUGUAUCGAUCAUUGCGGCGCGUUCAGCCGGCAAACCUCCGCAACAGACAACGGGCGGCGAUUAUCAUUUUGCGCCCCGCGGCCACACAUUCCAGACGGACGUGUGUGUUGUUCGAAUCGUCGUCGCUGUCGUGAGUCGCUUGUCGAUGUGCAGCCCGCCCGGCGAUCGAUUUGGUCAGUAGCAAAAGGGAAUUAAGGCCGAAAGCUGCCGUCGUCCCCCUGCUCCGUGUGCAGUUGUUUCGAGUUUACUGCAGCCAGAAGCAGUAGCAACCCCUCCUCGGCGGUGAUUGAGACGAGCGCACGAUUUCCUAAUUAACUCCUUCCCGUUACCGGAAGCCCCCCCGCGUGUGUGCCCGUGGCUGCGUGCUAAAACAACUUACCACCAUGACCAGUGACGCUUACCUGACCAAGGAGCAUCUAGCCGGGUUCGAUAAUUAUAAGUACAAUGCCAAGGACACCUCACCGCUCAGUAUUUACGUUAUGCAUCCGUUCUGGAACUGGCUCGUAGAGUACUUUCCAAAAUGGAUUGCACCGAACCUGAUGACGUUUGCCGGCUUCCUGUUCACGGUGGCCAACUUCGUGAUGCUGUCCUGGUACGAUUGGGGCUUCUGGGCGAGCACGGAUCUGGAAAACACCACACCCGUGCCGAACUGGUUUUGGGUCGUGGCUGCGGUCAACAUCUUCCUCGCCUACACGCUGGACGGCAUCGAUGGCAAGCAGGCGCGAAGAAUCAAACUGUCCGGCCCGCUCGGUGAGCUGUUCGACCAUGGGCUCGACUCGUACUCGGCGUUCUUCAUCCCCGCCUGUCUGUACAGCAUUUUUGGGCGCGGCCCGACGUCGGUGCCGCCGAUACGCAUGUACUACAUCAUGUGGACGAUCUUUUUCAACUUUUAUCUAUCGCACUGGGAGAAGUACAACACGGGCGUGCUGUAUCUGCCCUGGGGGUACGAUCUCGGCAUGUGGGGUUCGGUGUUGAUGUACCUAGCGACGUGGAUGUUUGGCUAUCAGCUGUGGAAGGUGGACCUGCCCUGGGGUGUAUCGGCCGGUCAGCUGAUGGAGCUGUGCCUGCACGUGAGUGCCAUGUCCAAUCUGCCGAUGGUGGUGUACAACAUGUACCGCUCGUACAAGGACCGCACCGGCAAGAUGCGCACGAUGAAGGAAGCGAUGCGACCGCUGUUCACGUACGGCAGCUUCAUGUUCGUCUGCCUGCUGUGGGUGUUUGUGUCGCCGAGCGACAUCAUGAACCGGGAUCCGCGUGCGGUCUACAUCAUGACGGGGACCAUUUUUAGCAACAUUAGUUGUCGAUUAAUUGUGUCACAAAUGUCCAACACGACGGCGGAAACGUUCAACUGGAUGACGGGCGUACUAUGCGCGGCCAUCGUAAUGAGCCUCACGAUGCCCCUGCUUGAACGACCGAUACUGUACUUGCUCGUGAUCGGAUCCUCGCUAGCCCAUUGGCACUACGGUUCCGGAGUGGUGCAGCAAAUGUGUGUACACUUUAACCGACGGUGCUUUAUGGUGACGAAACCGGAAGAAUCCAAAGAAUAGGAAACGCUGCUGUAUGCUGUCUAGCAGCUGUUUGCUAAGUGUCCGACAGUGUGUAAGGUGUCAAUUUGCGGUGGCACGCUACCGGGGGCUAAGAAGAUCGUCCACCCCCCUCAAAGAUCAAUACCCAAGCGGCGCCACCAAAACAAGGCUUAACAAAGGGGGGCGUCGUUGGGUGUUUCAUGUUGCUUCAUGCCCUCGUUAAGCGGUCGGGUCCCUGGGCACGCACGUAUUACAGUUGAAUUUAAUCGAAAUACGCUUCUUUUUAUUGAUACUUGAUGUUUUUGUUUGUUUGCUGCUGGUGUGGAAGUUAGCAAAGUGAUCGCCAUCACACCACAGCAACCAAUGGCUUUAACUAUCGAACGAUCUAUCACACAGCCUAAUGUGUGUGUGCAGUGAGAUUAAGCGCUGUUUAUGGAAUUGUGUAAAAGGAAGAAUUAUGUUGAUGCAGGAAUUAAGUUAGCAAAGUGAUCGUCGCAUUGGCCUAACAGGAGCCAAACAGUCAACCGCAGUACCAUAUCGCAGAGGUGAAAAAGUGAAUUAGUAUUACUAAAAUGCACUCCCCCAUACUGAGGCCGAGCGAAGUUAAGCAGCAACGGUAUACCGAUAUAUCAUGACGCGGUAUUUAUCUCCCAUCUACAUACCUCACAAUUUACUCUUUCUUAACUACUAACGAGCGGGUUUGUGUAUGUUGAAACAUACACACACAUUUAUAACGUGCUUCUCUACUAGUACCACUAAUCGCUGUCUCGACAUCACACCGGCUAAUUAUUGACACUGGUAAGCUGGCAAACUCCAUUAACUUUAGCGUUAUAAACCUCCAAAGAAGAAGUAUGUUUAAUGUCUAACCUAUCUCCGCUUCCUGCGCUCUUCCGUGACAUUGCACGCUCCGUUUUUGUAGUUAAACAGUACUAACAGUAACUUUACAUUCUCUAAAACACUGGUAACGCAUUUCUCUGUAUGUACAUAUAUAUAAUGCUCGCGUAAGAAUUACAUUAGCUCGUGCGUAAACCGCGAAAGUAAAUGGAAAGGAGGACAGCGACUUUCGAGGAGGACAGCGUGUAAUCAAAAAGCUAUAUCGCCAUAUCGCGAACGAAUCAAAGAAUUAGCCAAGCCGUCAGAUUUACGCCUCCAAGCGUAUGAGUAACGCCUAACUUUGCGCACGAUUUGUCGUCAAAUCACGUUCUCUGUGUACCCCGUGUUUCACAGUGUUUUUGUAUAGUGUAUGUAUUUUACGCAUUACGCGGGGCUGCAGAUUUUUGCAUUUUAUAAUCGUGACAAUUUAUUAUUCAGACCGACCAACAAAAGGGGCAAGCAAGCAGAACUAAAUUUACAGAUCAAAAGCAGCAUACGCAGACGCAGAUUGACAGAACAUUAGCAUCUAAUGAAUUGUUGUUUUUUUUGAGGAAUUAUUAUUUGUUCGAUUGAAAAUUAAAAUAGAAAGAAGAACAAGUGGUGUACGUGUGUAUGUGUUGUAUGUAUAUGCCUUGCAUAUGCCGUGUCUCUGCUUGAUGCGCUGUGUUACAGCGGACAGCACGUGUUUAACCAACCGUACGAUCUCGUUUUGACACAUCAUGUUAACAGUCCCCGAGGGAAACGAGGGAAAACUAACGACAAUAACGAGUAGACCCCCCCACAGAACGCGUUAUGUAUUUGCUGCCAACUUUGAACAGCAGUUACGUUGAUAUUACAGUUUGCGGCGUGCUCGGUUGCGUGUGGGUUUGCUAGCAAAGCUCUAGAAGCAAGAAGAAAACCGGUGCAAAACAACCCCCAAAACGUGUUGCUUGUAGCACGUGCAGCGAGAAAAGGAAUUAGAAUUAUGUUAGUGAAAUAAACGCAGUGACAAACAAAAAGAAAAAGAUGAUAAAGUGAUGAAACGAAACCAAAACCAAGCGCCAGGAGCACGAGCUUUUGUAACGGCUGCUGCUAGGAUAAUUUUCUUAUCAUUUGCACACACACACACACAUCACUCACAACAUCACUCACAACAUCCAACCGUCAACCCAUCAUUCGCACAUGCUCCAUAUACACUGCUCUACAGGCACAGUGCCAUAAUGUACAUCAUUCUGUUCACGUAUUUAUGGAUUUGUUUUUCAUUUCCCCCUUUUUUUCACUAAUUUUAACCCUGUACAAAGUUUCAAUAGAAAACUGAGAAUUUAAUUUAAUAACCGAUUCUCUGUGUGUCUGCUUCCUUGUGCUGCGCUUGUUGUCUGCAGCUCAUGCUAAGGAAUUCAAAGAAAGGCAAGACGAACACGAAAUAGUGCGGAAACCAAGCAGGAAGAGCUACCGUUUCCAAACUUGAUCGAGGGUUUUAUAGAUAUCGAGCGAGCGUGUGCUAAUAAAAGGCAGAUCAAACCAGACUUUACGUGUACUCCUACCAACAUGACAACGCAACAUGACAAAAUGGAGUGUGCCGUUAGCCCGACGUAUUUAUGCGACUAUAAAUGUGUAUAUCAAACAUUAUUAAACCGACGUCAAAUAUAAAGGGGUGUCUCUCCUUAAGGUGCAGAAGCUAAGUUUAAAAAGAAAAAUCACAUUUUGUAUUCCAACCCUACCAGCUUUUCGUUACGUGCUCGCGAAACUCUAACCCCAAAAAGCCCAAAAAGGCCCAGGCCAGUACAGUGUUUUCUUCUUCUAUUAAUAUUAUUAUUAUCUUCCGUACGUUGGUAUUGAAGUCAAUAAAAGUGAAUAAUUAAUUUAAAACCACUUA